GGAGGGCGGAUCGUAGUGGUGACAGCGACGCUCGGAGACUCCCGACAAACUGUCAAAAAGCAGACAACUAACGCCAUGGCGGAGUUAGACCUGAGUCUCAGCGACGCGCUGACAGACAGCGUUCCCCAGUCGGGCACAGAGGACCUGGUGGAGAGGGACUUUGUGGCUCAGCUGGAGGCCGAGACCUUUGACGACCAGGUUGGGGAGACUGUGGGCAAGAUGGACUACAUUCCCCUGCUGGACAAUGAUGACACCAGGCCAGACACGGGUGCUGCAUUGGAGAAUGGAGAGAAGGAGGCUCAGGGGGCACAAAAGCCUGGUUGUAAGCUGACAGCGGGGGGACAGACAUCAGCGUUGCGCCCAGAGCCACAGGGAGAGGUGCGGCCACGCUCACUCGACCAGCAGGCCUUGGCUUCAGAUUUCCUAGCAGCCUCCAUGGCAGAUUAUUCAGAUCCUCUGGGCUCCCAGACCAGUCCUGCCCAAAUGAUGGACUCUGGUGCAAUGGGAGCUUUUACAGGUUUUUCCCAGCCUGCAUUGGGAGUGAUGGGGGUGAAUAUCGAGGUGGGUGCUGCACCCCUCUCAGCAGAGAGGCCUCCCAGUAUAGCCGAGCCCCAGCAACCCUCGACCCCUGUGGGCUCUGACGCUCCCAAACAGCACAGCCCCAUGCUGCCUGAACCCCAGCCACCUCGCAGCCCACUGGACCUGUCUGCAGGUGCCUUAGGCGACUGCUGGCCAGACGAGGCCGGCUGCUUACCGAACGACCUCCCUUUCACUCCCAGUGUCUCCUCGGUGAUCAGUCGCCAUGCCAGCCAUCUAGCAGCCAGCCCUGAUGACCCACCCGACAGCUGGCCUAGCCGAGAAAGCUCUGCCUAUGCUGGAGGUGAUGAGAAGGAAGGAGACGGAUUGGACCGCAAACAGAAGAAGAAGAAGAAAAGGAGACCAAAAGAUGAGGGAUCUUAUGAACAUCUGGAUAGAGGUCAGUUUGAUUUGCAAGGCUUGGGAGAGAGCAGUCCCACCACAGAGGAGUACCACCACAGGGUGGGUCCACGACGAGACAGAGGAGCAGAGGGAGGCUGGGAGGAGCAGCUGGGGAAGAGCGGAGGCCGAGGGAAGAAGGGGAAGAGCAGGAAGAAGCUUCCAGAGGAGUGGGGGGUGAUGGCAGAACCAUUUGUCCCUUCCUCCGCAGCAGCUUCUCAGAUCUCAGCAGAGGUGAUGAUGGAUCUGGGGAGCUCAACUCAGCCACACCUGGACACCUCCUUCCCCAGCAUGGGUACCAGCCUGAGCCCUCGGAGCAAGGAGUUUUACCCUGAUGAAGGCCUAAUCUCUCCCCCUCUUUCUGAAGACCUGUUUUCCCACACAGCUGCCAAUGUCAGCCCAUUGGUCUUGAACAGCGAGCUGAAAGCCACCGCAGCUCCAUUCACUAUGCCCUCCAACAACAACAACACAACACUGGGCUCCCUUCCCAAGGCUCCUUGCCCUGGUGACCCAUUUGCUUCCAGUUACCAUGACCUCCUGAUGGAUAGUGAAAAUGCCAGCCUGGGCAACACUACGGAGGCAUUUUCUCCACCUCUCUCCCCAGAGAGUGAGAUGGUGAGCAGUGACAUGGUUGACAGCGGUAUGUUUGAGCACACUAGAUCCCUCACAGAGUCUUGUGUGCAGGUUGUUUAUGAGGGCGAUACCUCAGCUUUCAGCCCUGCCUCCCAGCCAAGCCCUGACAUAUCCCCAAAGGAGAAUCACGGUGAGGUCGUAGCUUCAGCCCCUCCUCUCUCACCUUCAGAGGCUUCCUGGCUCCUGAAUGACUCCCAGCUGAGCAGCAACAGUGAGCCGUUUGACUACAGUGACAUCGCCACCCAAGGUCUUCCUCUGACUUUGGGCCUGGCCUUCGACACCCCAAGCCCAGCCCCUCUGCGCUCCCCAAAAACCACAGCACAAGAAUUGCACACCCAGCCCAAGGAGCACAAAGAUGCCAAAUCGGCUCAGAAACAAUCCAGAAAGUCUCGUUCUUCAUCAUCCUCUUCCUCCUCCAUCAAGAGUCCCACCUCUCCAGGAGCACAAAAAUUCCCUCCAGAGGCCUCCCCUUUCCUCGACUCCUCUUCCCCUCCACUGGUCACCACACUGGGAACUCCUGGCUCUGGCUUAAAUCCUGCAGCUAAGCCCUUCUUCCCCAGCUUUGCUGAUCCUAUGGAAGCACCAGCUGUGGUCCCUACAGUGGCCCCCGUCAUUGAAGUGAAAUCAGACAAUAUGGACAAGACCGAGAAGAAAGAGCAGAUGCUGGAGGACAGCGUAAAGAAGAUUGACCAGUUUGACCCUCUCGACAAAGCUGAGAAGAAGGAUGAGAAGGUGGAAAACACAAGCAGUGAGACUCCAGCUAGGGUAGAGAAAGAGAUGGAGAAAGACAAACAGAAAGAGUCAGAAACACAGAGAGAGAAAGAAAAAGAGACAGAAAAAAAUAAAGAAAAAGAGAAGGAAAAUGAGAAAGAGCUGGAGAAAGUGGAGUCAAUGCAGAAGGUAGAAAAAAUGGAUAAAAUGGAUAAGGUAGAGAAAACACCAGACAAGUUGGAGCAGACAGACAAAGUAGAAAAAGUCGAUAAGACAGAGAAGGUAGAGGGCAAAGGUGAGAAAGUGGAUAAGAUGGAUAAAGAUGUUAAGGCCGACAAAAUAGAAAAGAAUGAAAAGACAGAGAAGCUGGAGAAGACAGAGAUGCGAGAUGGCAAAGAGCAAAAUGUCGACAAAAUGGAAAAGACCCCAGAAAAACAGCCGACACCCGUCAAGUUAGACACCAGUUUUGACAAGCUGGAGAAGCAGCCAGACACAGAAACAAAGGACAAAGUGGAGGAGGAAGAAAUCAUGACGAAAAAGGCAGAUGCAGACAAAGCCAACAAGACAGACAAGGUGGAGAAACCAGUGGAAAAGAGUGAAAAAGAAGAGAAGCAGGACAAAAUGGUGGGAAAAGAGGGUGAACAAAAGACUGUAGAGAAAAAAGAUGAAAAGAAGGACAAGGCUGCGAAAGCAGAUGCAGGUGAAAAGGCCAAAAAACCUGCCAGCAAACCUGCAACUAAUGGAAGCAACGCGACACCAAACAAAGACCUGCCCAGCGCAGACAAGAAGACCAAGCUUGCUCCUGGGGCGACCAAACCAAGCGCUGCCGCCAAAUCGCGGCCAAGUACAGCAACCACCACUGGUGGUUCAGCUGUCACCACCACUAAACGCCCCGCAACCACUUCCACCUCAGCCACCCUCAGCAAAAAAACACCCACAGCCAAAGCAGCGCCCACUGCGGCCACUGGCCCUAAGCGGCCCUCCACCACCACUACCAGCCGCCCCUCCACCUCAACCACCACCACCACCACCACUUCACGUGAUGUCAAGCCCAAGACGGCUACAGAGAAGCGCCCCCCUGUGCCAAAGGCCAGCACUGCGCCUCCUGCCCGAACCAGCGCUACUGCCACCACCACCAAAAAUGGCACGGCUGCCACAGCAACCAGUAAAACUGCUACAUCAACACGCACAACAGCACCUACCCGCACUGCUACCACCACUGCAGCCAAAAAGCCUCUAGCCACUAAAACGGACGGUAAACCAGGAGAAGAGAAGAAGCCCAGCACUCUGAAAACAGCCGAUUCCACCAAGCCCAAGACCACCACCACCCGCAGUGUGGCUUCCACCUCCAGCACCGCCACUGCCUCCCGCACUCGAACCACAACCACCAAACCUGCCACUGUUUCCUCCAACACUGGCGCGGCACCAGAGAAGAAGCCCACAGUGCCCCGUGCCCCCCGCACGGCUUCUUCAACCACAACUACCACCACCACAAAGACCACGGCUCGCCCCGCUACAGCGCCGACCCCUGACAUCCGUAACGCCCGUUCUAAGAUCGGCUCCACAGACAAUAUGAAGCACCAGCCUGGAGGAGGGAAGGUGUUUUCUGCCUCUCAGAGCAGAGGUGACGCCUCCAAAGAAACCAGCCAGGGCAAAGUUCAAAUAGUCUCCAAAAAGCUGGACUUCAGCCACGUCACGUCUCGCUUGGGCUCCAAGGACAAUAUGAAGCAUGUUCCUGGUGGAGGGAAUGUGCAGAUACUAAACAAGAAGGUGGACUUGAGUAAGGUGACAUCAAAGUGUGGCUCCAAGGACAACAUUAAACACAAGCCUGGCGGUGGUGAUGUGAAGAUCGAGAGCCACAAAGUGAACUUUAAGGGAAAGCCCAAAGUUGGCUCCAUGGACAACCUGGGCCACUCGCCUGGCGGAGGAAACAUCAAGGCUGAGGGGGCCCAGGAGACAACAGAGGGGAAUGGGACGCCCCUGAGUGGCACCCCGGCCCCAGCCCCAGGCUCCGAGCCAGGGCAGGCAGGAAGCCCUGCUGCCCAGGAGAAUGGGCUGAAGGAGGGGGCCCCCUGUGGUAGCAAGGGCCUCCAGGAGCCCCAGGGUCUGGACUCAAGCAUCCCAGAGACAAGCAUUUAAUUCUGCUAUCCCUCUGCCCUCUUCAUCUCAACCCCCUCAACAUCACCUGUUCCCCCUUCCCACCUUCUUCCUCUCUAAUUUCUCUCUCUCACUCUCCCUUUUCUACUCUUUCCUCUCUCUACUUUUUUUUUCCAACCUCUCUGCUGCAGAUUGAGUCUUUCAAGCUCAACUUCCGCGAGAAUGCCCGCUCUCGCACGGACCAUGGCGCCGACAUCAUCACCUGGCCAGCCCACCAGGGCAACAGCCCCCACCAAUAUCCCUCUCCGUUGUUCUCCCACCACUACUCAACUCCUCGCAGUGUCUCCCUCAACGAGUCCUUGGCCACAGCUGGCUGUCUCAGGUCCCCCUCCGCCCCCUCCCUGCAGCAUCUCCGGGGGGGAGUCCAGGGGGACAGCGGUAGCCUUGUAACAGGAUCGUGACCUUUUUUUUCACGCCCCUGUCAGCUGCUUACAUCCCCCUUCAUCUUUGACUUCCCGUUGCAGAUUUGUGACUCAGAUUGCCCCUCACUGGUACACAGGAUCUAACCCUACUACUCCGCAGUCAAGCUCAUUCUGUCACGCUGCUGUUGAUCCAUAAGCAUCCUUAUCUCUUACAUGUGAACCCAUCAUCAUAUGCCAUCUAGAUUAUUGUCACCCCUUCGCCUCUGCACUACUGCAAUCCCAUGCCCCCCUCCCCUCCCUGUUCCCCAUUUAUUUGGCUGAGCUGACUUUGUAUAUAGACUGAGCUUGGGCCUGGGUGGGAGUACAUGGGCGUUGAAAGGAUGGCAAGGCAUUCUCUGAUAUUCUGUUUGUUGUAUUCAUCGUCAUCAAGCCGGUUGGCCUGGAAUCACCAGUUUCAGUUGGAUCCUCUGUAGACAGACUGGUGAUGGGCUUCACUCUCUUCUUGGACCCUCCGUCAUCUCUCCUAACAACAACAGUGCUCAUUUCAUUUAUCAACUGAUCACCACUUCAACAUAGGAAACCCUCUUGGACUUAGCUGUGGCUUCUGUACGCCGAGUCAAAACGCAUAGCAUCCCUUGUAUUUGUAACCGUAGGGACUGUCAGUUCCCAGUAACCAUUGACUCUUUGCUUCAUUAAACACUGGCUUACCACUUGCUCAUUGUCCAUCUCAUCCACUUCCUCACUCACUGCCUGCAUUUCCAGAUUCAUCAUAAGAGCAGUCACCCUAAACAAGCUGACAAACAAACAAACAAACAAAAAAAAGCUAAAGUACUUGUAGGCUGUUUGAACCAUUUUAGGCUAUUUAACUCUCUUUAUUCUCUGUGUUUGUGAUGAUGUGUUUGAGUGAAUAAUACUGUAUGAACUUUGGUGUUCUGUUCUUAUCUUACUUAUUUUCUCUCUUUCUCGACUUCUUCUGUUUUCUUUUUCCUCGUCCUUUUUUUUUUAGUUUCAAAAAGGUUUUAUUUAUUUAUUGUAUGUUUCUUCUUGUAUAAGCAAUACAGUGGAUGGUCUUUUGCUGAUAGCACUCAGAAACUCUUGGAAACACGCACAGGUUCAUCUAAACUAAGGCACACAGUGAUGAGGGAGUCAAUAUUCAGAAGGAGGAAGAAUGUGUAGAAGGUGUUGAUAGAAGGGUAGAGACGGGUGAAGAAGACAUUAGGAUUUAAAGCAUAUUGUACAUUUGUGGCAAAAAAAGAUGUUUCAAACAAUAAACCGAAGACAUCGUACAACCUGAAAGUAUCUAAAAUACAACAGAGGAAGUUGACUCUAAAAGAUUUUUGGAGCAUGCAGUCUAGAGGGAGGUGUGGAAGAUGUCUCAAUGCUGUGGAUGAGAAGUGUCUCUGAAGUUGAAGGAACUGUGUAUCUUGUACGUGCCUCCUGUCCUGCUUACCUGAAAACUUCUUGGUGGAGAGACUGACAGAGAAAGAGAGGGAGAGAGAGAGAAAGAGAGAGAGAGAAUGUCAUAGCUCACGAAACAGAAAUAAAUGUAGGAGCCACCUGGUAUUGCUGUUGUAAGGAUAUUCUGUAGCUCAAGCUGUUCUGGUAGUUGUGAGUAGUCAUGGCUGUUUCCCAUUUCAGGUGUUUUAUGAGGGUGAUGGUAGCAUGUUUUAUGACAAACUACAAGCUUCAACUGGAUACAAAAAGACCUAUAUGAUGUAUUCAGUACUUUUCUUGUCAGGGUAUUGGCCGUGGAACAUGAUGUGGCUUAUCCUCUUCUCUUGUAGCAAUGUACUCAACUGUUGCCUCCAAUUGCCUUUAUAAUGCAUGGCCAGAUAGUAUAAUAUCAUGCCCAGAACUGAAAGCCUAUGUGCAUUAUGACUUGCAGUGUCGUGGUUUAAUACUUAUGUCUUUCCUUGGGGCAAUCCUUGUCAGUUGAUAUAGUAUUUUUCCUUGUUACUCAAAUGAUGAUUUUCAAUGAUGAUGGGCAGGAAAACAGAGUGUUUGAUUUCUGUAGUUGUCACCUUUUAAUGUCACACUCACACUUGUCGAUUCCAACCACGUGUUCUGUAUAAUGACGCUGUGGCCCACGCUCACUGACAUGAGCUAUUCAAGGGAUGUUAUUCUUUAUAAAAAUUCAGUAUAGUAAGCUAUAAUCCCACUGAUAAGCCAGCAACAAAAAUCGCUAAAAUUGCUAAGACUGAUUCUGCACAUUGCUCAUUAGCCAGCAGGUACUGCAUCAUAUCUUGGCCAAAGUUUGAUUUUAGUGCCACAGUGUUUAGAUCUAGCAAAAAAAAAAAAAAGAAAAAGAAAGAAAAACAGCAUCACAGCAUGCUAAUGCAGUGGUAAAGGAUUUUUUUGGAUGAGCUAUGAAUUAAAAAAAAAAAAAAAAUGAACUCCCAUCAGAGCACAAUGCGAAGAAUGCAAUAUGUGUCAGCAUGUCAAAAGCAUCAUCAGAUUUUUCCCAAUUUACCCCCACAAAUUAAUGAAGUCUCUAUCAGUGUAGACUGGUUUUAUAGACAAUUCUGAUUAUUUAUUGGGUUUAUUCACUUUUUAAUCCACAGCUUUGUUUGAUGCCAUGAAGCUACAAAACACUCCUGAGUUUGUUUGUUGAUUUUUUUUUUUUUUUUUUUAAUUCCAAUUAACACUUUAAUGUUAAAGUGUGGAAUCAAAUCAGUUGCACCUUAACGCUUGCAUAUAUCAAAGAAGGCUCACUGUGAUGGAGUGGUGUUAUUUUAUUAAUGGUUAAAAUACCCCUCAAAAAACAAGUGACUCUAAAUUACUUAAUUUUGAAGGAGCAUUGCACAUGCUCUCAUAAACAGAGCAAUAAAGUGAAUUGAAGUGCCCCCCUUUUCCUCUCAGUUAUGAAAUACUGUUAAUUCCAGUAUUUAUUCAUGAUAGUCAUCAUUUUGUUUCAAAAUGAAAGUAUCCCUUUCAAUUUGAGAAAUAAUUAGUAGAGCCAACCAAGAAAGAUGUUCUGACAGAUACGGGCAAUACUUUUUACUCAAAGACUAAUUUCUUCUUUAAGUGGAAGUGUUUAAGAUGUGGAUGUUAGGACUGCGUCUUGGUGAAAAGAGCAGCUGUUGCUGUGGUUUGCGAAAUUUCUUUGUUUGAACCACGGUUCGCACCUAACAAAAUUUUUCCUCGUGCCUGUCCACAGUCAUGUUUUUAUCUUUUGCUUUUACCCCCGAGUUAUUUACUUACCACUAGCACACUUCUGAGAUUGCACACACAUGUAUAUAGAAAUUUUAAUGUUCAUGCACUCGCCACAAGAACAAAAACAUCCCAAGCAACAGCAGCAACAACAACAACAGGGGGUUAUAAGGUUGUUAAGAAUAGCUUUUAUGUUCAUCUACCUUUAAUGGUUUAAUGGUAGGAAGUGUUUUAUCAUGACUAUUAUUCUGAUCAUUAUUAUUAUGACAAUAUUAUUGUUAUUGAGCAAGUCUGCCUUUUUCUUAUGAAAGCGGCCGCUGAAGUGAAAGAAUGUCUUUUGAGAUAUAAUGUACUUAAGAUGCGACACUUUUGUAUAUGUAUUUAUCGUUGUGUUCCAGUAGCCUCAUGGUGGUUGUGCUCCAAAGUGUUGGUAGGGGUUAAACUGUUGGGCAGGUUGUUCUUGUUGGGGCCAGUUUGGGCGAUGCUGUCUGUUUACAGCCAGUUGCACAAACUCUAUCCUGGAGGCACACAACAAGAUUUAACACCAAUACAAAGUCAGCUUGAAAAUCCAAUAAAACUAAAUUUCUUAAAAGUUCUGUUAAAGUGGCUCAAUUUAGAAAUGUUGGACUUGCAGCACCUAAUUCAAGGAUUUUUCAUAUAAAAAUGUAGUGUGCUUGUACCCUGAGCAACAGCGCUCAACCAAACCUUUAAAACAUGCCCACAACUCCAGUCUUAAGAAUUGAUGAUAAUGUUCUAAUAACCUGGCAAAUAUCUCUUGAUAAUAACGUUGCAGGAUACAGUGCCCUCUGCUGGCUGAUAUGAAAACAGGACAAGGCAGAGGUGAGGCUGAAGCUAAUUAAACUUACUGAAAUAUACUAUAAGAUAUAUUACACAGUGGACCAGGGAAUUUCUUGUUAAAGCGGGUAGUGGGUGUAGAGGCCCAUGUAUUGGCCUAUAAUUUAGGACUUUUGCUGCCCAGCAUAUCAACACACAUUGGUCAUUACAUAUGACACAACAACACAGCAAUACACUCACACACACACCUGCCCUGGAGAGUCACAACCAUCCAGACUCUUAACACGUCCUUAUUUAAGUUAAAGACUAACUGUAGCUGUCAGGUUUAGCUUGGGUUAUGAAGGCUCCUCAGUAAUUUAUCCUAGGAGCUUUGUAGAGCUGCAUCUACUGCUGGCACACAUACCCGACAUGCAAAUAUACUACUAGAUAAUAACACCUACUGCACCCACAGAGCAUGCAGAAAAAAAAAAAAAAACAAUGGGAUGUGUUAGGUAGACUUACUAUGUCAUUUGCAGAACUUCCUCAUUGUUUUGUUUUGUUUUGUUUUUUCUUUUUUGUUUUUCUUUUUUCCAUUAAUUUUGAAUUCUAUUUUUUGGUUUGAAAGAAGUGUUUAUUGUGAUUACUUGUUAAUUAGUGAUGUGAUUAUUAAACAUGAAAUAAAAUGGAUAAACUGUUUA